CUAUAACUCGUUCCAAGACCCCCCACUAAAUAAACUAUUCCCGUCACAAAUCCAGCCGAGAUGUCAACAGAUCUACCUCCUCUCCGCGUUGCCAUCGUUGGUGGUGGACCCGGCGGGCUGGGUGCCGCAAUUGCUCUCUCUUCAUUGCCAAAUGUCUCUGUCACUCUUUUUGAACAAGCACGCGAGCUGCGAGAAAUUGGUGCCGGUAUCCGAAUUGGACUUAAUUGCUGGAAAGUACUCGAGUUGUUGGGGGCAGAUCAAGACGUAAAGGGGCAUGUGAAGGAGCAGGUUCUACAUCGUAAUGGUUUGAGCGGAGAAUUAAUAGCCACCAGAGGCCCUCCCAGCCACAUUCCAUACAAGUAUUAUCCACAAAGAGUUCGAAGAACAAGACUUCAAUUUGCUCUUCUAUCCAAAGUUCCAAAAGGCAUCAUUCAGCUCCGGAAACGCCUCGUCUCUAUAGAGAAUCUAGAUCAAGGUGUCCGCCUUCGUUUCGAGGAUGGAACCGAGACUACCGCUGAUCUAGUUGUGGGAGGGGAUGGCAUUCGUUCUGUAAUCAGAGAGCAAACUUUCCCAGGCCAUACAAUACAAUUCACUGGAACAACCAUCUGGCGAGUUCUCAUACCACAAUCGUCAAUCGCCCAUAUCCCAGAAAUACCCCAGCCUACAACAUGGUGGUACGGCCGCAGCGGCCACGUGUACCUUUCUCCUGUCGACUACCCCUCAGAGACGAGUCCCGAGGAGCGAAUGUUUGAGAUCUCAGUGCGCAACGUGAUUGAUCCUGCGACCGAAACAGGAAAGCGAUUUAGCUGGGGUAUACCCGUUACGAACGAACGGGUGGAAUCGUUCUUCCAGGAUUAUGAUCCAAGAAUCAGGGAAACAUUAGCUAGUGUUCCGGAUGGGCACUGGAAAGAAUUCUCCGCGUUUGCAGGUCCUAGAUUGAAGACUUUGAUUGCAUGGGAUAAAGUCGUGCUUAUAGGAGAUGCGAGCCAUCCGCUAUCCGGAGCAUUUGGCUCCGGUGCCGCAUUCGCUCUCGAAGACGGCUGGAUCCUCGCUCGAGCUCUGGAACAUACUCGCUCCGCCCGAAAACCGCUCUCGGAAGCACUCAAGAUCUUCGACGAGAUUCGCUCCCCGUAUUAUCUUAGAAUGUAUGAGUAUCUAGAUGAGCAGAAGAGGAUUGUGGAGGAGACCCAUGCGGGGCGUACUUUUGAGGAGAGGUUGCAGAUGAAAGUCGAUGCUUUUGUUGGGGAGGAUAAACUUGCUUGGAUUUAUGAGAAUGAUAUUGAGGAGGUUUGGAAGGCGUAUUUGAGGAGAGAAAAUGAGGGGGAGGUGGUGAGUAGACUUUAGAGGAUUGUUAGAAGACAUUUAUGAGGGCGGGUUCUGAACCUGUUUGGUUAUACCUAGGUUGCUGUUGGCGAAUAAGAUAAACUGGUCGCAUUUUUACCUUUAAUGUCACAGAAGAGGCUCGAAGUGAGCGGCACAAACUUUGAAUUAAGGAACAGU